AUGUCGACCUCGAGCGGGAAGCCAUCAGCAGGCGACUUUCUGGUGAUCUUAUGCACAAAUAAGGAGCAGCUUCGACAAGCGUACGAAGUCCGAAUAGAGGUGUUUCACAAAGAGCAAGGAUUCAGUUUGGAGAGCGAAGUAGAUGAGUAUGACCUGAUCAGCGCUCAUUUCAUUCUUGCUUGCAAGAGCGACCCUAAAAGAGGCCUCGGGACCAUUCGCUUCUCUCCCUAUCCUUCGGCAGGCUCACUCAACAAAGUGGAGGGCCUCCCAGCAGACACACCGCUCGGUCCUCCUCUCACGGAAGACCAGAUUGCAACAGCGUUCGUAAAGACCGGUCGCAUGGGAAAAAGCGAAGACCUCUUGCAAGCAGGAGCCAAGCUGGGUCGUCUCGCGUUGCUUGCUGAAUUGCGAGGGUCAGGCUGGGGUAGGUUGCUAGUCGAGCAGGGCGAGGCCUGGCUCGCUAACGCUCUCCGGAGAGCGGCCGCAAAUUCGAAGCACUCGGAUGCAGUAUCGAUGUGCAACAUUCGUCUGCAUAGCCAGAUGCCCGUUCGCGCAAUGUACGAGAAAUUUGGGUACAAGGGCGAAGGCGAGCCAUUCGAUGAAGACGGAGCACCACACAUGCUGUACACAAAGACAUUGCCAUUGUAGAAUUUAUCAUAGGCUCAAUCUCAACGUAUCCACUACCCUUGC